AUGUGCUGUUGAAGAAUGAUGACAUGAAAAUGAUAAACAAACUGAAACUUGGACUCUGAUGGACCGUGGACUGUGAUUGUGAUGAACUUUAGUUAAUUAGCAACAACUUUGUUGGUCAAUACUAUGGCGGUGUAUGCGGCGCACUUGACGCGGACGCUGCAAGGUACGCCGAGCGUAUUUCAAGUCACGGCACAGGAGGCGCUCGGGUCUACCGUGAAACCUGCGCUACGGAAAGUUGUAGAGUUCCUGUCAGUGACAUACCCCACCAAGUGUGGCUGGUGUCUACGCUAUUAUGAUGAGCUGUAUCUGCUGUUUGAUACAUGUCUACAGUACUACUACCUCAAGCAUUAUGCGGCAUCAUUCUCCGAGAGUUUCUACGACCUCCUCCGAGUGCCGACAGUCACGAAUGAGUUCACGACGGGACAGCAGCUCCCUGUCCACCUGGAGCGAGCCUCACUGGCACUGCUUGUACUGGUACCAUACAUACAGGACCGGGUCGAGGCGCUAGUGGAGCGGUGGAGGGAGGAUGAUGAGGAUGGCAGGCUUGGAAAGUCUACACCGGACAGAGUCCGUCGUGCCGCAGUGGUAGUAUGGCGCGCCGUGCGAGUGGCGAGCUGGGCGGCGCGCGCCGUGUGGCUGGCGCGGUACGUGGCGGGGCGCGGCGCCGCGCACUCGCUGUCGCUGGCAGUGCUCGGCCUCGGCCUGCGCCCCGCGCCGCCUCGCCCGCCCUACCAGUACACGUGGGGAGAUCUUGUACGGAAUCUAUUCACUGGACAGUUCAGUGGCGCGGAGUGGUUCCCCCUGGUGGGCGGCGGCGCGCUGCGCGCGGUGGAGUACGGCGCCUUCGCGGUGCAGUUCCUGCGCUGGUGGGACACUCGCGCCGCGCCCACUACUAGUCUACCUACACCGCCGCCGCCGCAGCGAGACGAGCGAGCAGUGCGAUGGAAGAACAAGUGUCCAAUAUGUCUGCAGUCCUGGAAGAUACCAACUGUAUUACCGGUGUCAGGCUACGUGUACUGCUACGCCUGUAUAGCGCGCGAGCUCCGCGCGCGGGCGCAGUGCCCAGUGACCGCGCUGCCGGCUACUGAGGCCAGCCUCGUCAGACUGUACGUCGACUGAGAACCACCUACCGGUACUGAGUACCGCGGAACAUCUGCUAAUGUCGCCAUGACGUGACAGCGAUUAGACAAAAACCCACUCGCUACAUUUGCGCCAUCUGAGAGUAAAAAUACGGCAGCCCCAGUUGCAGUAUUCAGACGUAGGUAAUCCAUUUAAUCUUUUUUUUUAACUUUAUUGUCUAACCAGUAACAAAUGAUAAAAUAUUAAAUACUUUUUCUUACGUGGUAUUGUAUGACUGCCAAAGUAAUUAUAGUAAAAAUUCUAUAAUUUGUAGGGAAUGUCAAGGUGUUGUGUUUCUGAGAGUUAAGUAAUGGUAAAAGGGAAUUUGUCUCAAAAUGUCUUUACAAUUAUUAAUUUGAACCUCAUUCCGUAUUGUUAAGGUUUAUUUUUGCAUUCAGUUUGUAUAUUAUAUUGUUUUUUCCAUAUUUUUUUAUUGUUGCUGUAU